UGCGAAUCAGUCCGCGUAAUCACACGCACGCGAAUGGCCAACUACGAAAUAUGUAGGCUGCUAGUAAAUGGAGGAUCAGUCUUCGGGUUCAACCUACAAAAUAUAGGCUACUUGACAAUCAUCACAUACUUCGUACAAAUGGUGUGAAGGACCUCUUCAAUUUAACAUCAUGGAUUGGACUAUUGGGAAGGAGAGAAUUCCCUCAUGUAAUAGUGAACUGCCUAAGGCCUCAAAGAAUGCCUCUGGAACCAACCUCACUAUCAAUCUGAAUGAAAUGCUUAGAUCAAAAGCUGCCGUGGAAAGGAAACGUGUUCCAAUCCGCCCACCCAACCCAAGAGCCCCUGCACCCAGGGAACUGGAGUUUAGUCGAGGCCUUUCGUGUGAGCCCAUGCCCAAACCCAUUAUCCGAAGACGUGCACGAUCUCUGUCCUCCUCCACAGAGUGGAAGAGGCACACUCGUAAUGUUGGGGUGCGUUUUGUAGACUGUCUGGGCCUGGACCUAGAGGACGUUAAGGUUUUCAAAACCGGAGAGGAUCCCUUUGUGCCACAACAUGUCUCCUUCAGGCUUUUGAUGGGUGCAGAGCUGGCUGGGGGGAAGAACUUGGAAAUCUCGCUGCCGUAUCUGAAGCCGGUGUUCCCUCAGCAACCCGGUGAUCGACCUGAAUUCUUCAGCCGCCUGCGCCAGCAAAGAGUCUGUCUGGAGAGGGUUUUGUGCUUUGACCUGGGCAUCAUCGGGAUCACUCAGGUCCUCAACCUCCAUUUUGAGAAAGAGGUGAGCGUGCGCUAUUCUUUCACAGGAUGGAGGUGCAGCUCAGAAACCAAGGCCUCCUGGGUAUCCACCACCUGCAAGUCCUGGGAUGGAACGCAGGAGCAGCUCAAUUGUGACACCUUUCGUUUCCACCUGCCUGUUCCUCCCUUCCUGCUACCUGGAGCUGCUUUGGAAUUUGCUGUCCGAUACAAAGUGUCCGGGAAAGAGCACUGGGACAACAACGAGGGGCAAAACUAUAAGUUGGUCUGCCAUAGCUACAAGCUGACUGUGCCCAAGGAGUGUGAGCAUAGCAUGGUGCACUUUAUUUGAGCUCAUUCAACAAGGAGCAUUUACUGGUUGCUCUCAUAAGUUCCAAUUAAUAGUUUGGCCAUAAGGUCAAAACCAUCAGACCUGAGAGGCAGCAGUAGUGUUCAGAAAAAGACAGAUCUGGUAUAUAUGAAUAACAUGUUAUUGGAGCACUCAGCUAAUAGAGAACCACGUCAUGGUUGUCUGUGACUGAAGCCAUGUUUAUUAUUCAUUCAUACACAUUUAUUUUAACAGAGCAAACCUAUUAGUAUUGGAGUGCAUGUUUUCAAAUGCAAAUGCACUUUAUUAUAUACAGUGCCUUCGGAAAGUAUUCAGACACCUUGACUUUUUCCACAUUUUGUUACAUUACAGCCUUAUUCUAAAAUGGACAUACAUCUGCACUCAAUGCCCCAUAAUGAC